AAAAGUGGAAGACCAAACCUGUCCAGUAAGAAAGUGCUUGGCAAUAGAGUUAUUUAGCAAUGAAAAUUUUUCAAGAUGUCAGACAGUACAGAAAGUUCAGCCCGUUUUUACAGAAUAAUUUCACUCGUGGUUGAUGUAGGAACUCAGACAUUACUGGAUACUUUCUACUCAAAGGUUCGAAAAGAAGAUGUAUCUAUUGUUUUUGGAACUUCGAAAGUUAAAGCAGAAUUUUUCAAACUGAAAGGAAAGAAUGCACUUACGAAAGUGCAGUAUAACAAGGUUACUUCAGCUAAUCCUGACCCAGACACCUACGAUAUCUCAUUGCUAACUACACUCCUUACCAAUCAGAAGUUAUGCGGAAUACCUCCACCAGCAAAGGGAUGGGGAACCACCCCACCAGACUCUUCUGACCUGUCAGUAGGGGCUGACCUACUUCGCCUUCGUGAACUCAGAAAUGAAAUUGUAGGGCGUCGUACUAAUGCCCAGUUGGAAGUUGCAGACUAUAGUAUGUUCUGGUCCAAAGUUGAAGUCAUCCUCGUCAGGUUAGCGAAAGAUGUUAGCCAAGCAGAAGAAAAGAAAAUCAAAGAAAUGAUCAGAAAUACUGAGACUGGGCCGAUCGAGCCACUACAUGACAGAGAGAAGAAGUUGUUGCAGGUGUUCCUUCAAUGGCAAAAGGAGGAUAAUGAAAAAUAUCGGACAAAGAUGACAGAGGUGCUGAAUUCUCUAAACAACCUUUCCUUAAAG